AUGAGUUCUAGCUCAGAGACAUCAAUGGUAGAUUCGUUCGACCGUGGAGUGCCGUCGAAGUGUGUAUGUGGAGCUGGUGUAACAAUCUUCACAUCGAGAACUCAAGAGAAUCCUGGUCGACCCUUCUUUCGUUGUUUAACCAAAAGAGAUGCAAAGUCGUGGACAAACAAGAGAGAUGGUCAUAUGUUUAAGUGGGUCGAGGAUGCUGUGUAUGAGGAAGUUCAAGAUGCAUUACCAAAAGUAGGAGCUAUGGCAAAUGAGAUUGUGAAAACCAAAUCUGAAGUCAUUGCGUUGAAUGGUGCUUUACAAGAAUUGAAAGAUGAAGCUCUGUGGAACCUUAACGAAAUCCGCAAGUCUAAAAAGUGGAUGAAAGUGUAUGUUGUGUGGCUUUGUGUUGUCUCGAUUGGCAUUGUUUACCUAAUGGUUGAGAAAGCAAAGCAAUCGAAGUUUGUUCUCGGGUAUUAG